UCGCUUGUAUGCUCACGCGCUAGUAGUAGUUGCAGCCGACGGGUUGAAGUGCCUGACAAGUAAUCGACAAGGGCAGCCGGACUGUUAGUCCGUCAUAGCUGAGCAGCAUUGCACGACGAUUGAUUUCUUCAAAGGUCCAAAGCCAAAAGCUUCGUCGUCGUCAACUCGAGAUCAACAGCUUAGGUCCAGGGGGGGGGGGGGGGGGGGGGGGGGGGGGGCAUCGACGACUCACGGACGAAGAUAAAGACAGAGACGGAGACAGAGACUGGGAGAGAGAGGUGGCUAAGCUGUCUUGAAAAAGAACACAGAUAGAGAGAGAAAAGGGCGCCCUAAGUUAUAUCUUGAAAGAACCAAGGAGAGUGGAGUAGAGGAAGAAAGGCUAUGGCGAUAGAAAUACGGAAGAAAAAAAGACAAGAAGACGGCAGGGCAGCGAAAAGUUCGGCUCUAGAACCGAACUGAUUUCUUUGCCAAGUCUGUUCUUGAAUUAUUUGAAAAGCUUUUUUUCCCCCAGAAGAUUGCUGAUCGCUGAUAUACACUCGUCGAUCAGCGAAAGCAACUACUCCACUUACAGGAAGAGCACUUACGGUGACCUACCUGUCUGUCUUGUUCUUGUACUGCAGUAAUACACAUACGGAGAUAGAUAGAUAGAUAGAUAGAUACUAUAGAGAGAGAGAGAGAGAGAGAGAGAGAGAGAGGUUGUGAGAGGCUGUAUACUCUUGCACUCCAUCGAGGCCGUAUUUUGACUUUUUUUUUGUGUGUGUAUCCAGCUAUUGUCUAUCAGUGGAUCUCUUCUUUCCUCUGUGUACGACAGAAGGGCUACUGGUGGAUUGUAGUGAAGUGAGAAUGGCGGCAACAAUCCUGUUCCGCCGUUUGUGUCAGAGUACACGGCAAACCUCCGGUGUAAUAUCCGCUGGCUGCCGUCGUCUUGGUUCGUCGGAAGCUGCCACGAUGUCGGUCGCCGUCCCGUCGAACUCUACGGCUAUGGAAGGUUGCAUCUCCGAUCGACACGUCAGCUCUCCCUAUUCCUCGCCUUCUUCUCCUUCGCCCUCUUCUUCUCCCUCUCCUUCGACGGCGAUGGCGAGACAAGAAGGCAUCGACGUUUUUAGUCUCCAUCAUCAUGGGUAUCAUCCGUCGGGUCCCAUCUUCGGUACCGCUGUACGGACCACGCAUGUGGCUGCGGCUGCUGCUGCGAUCUUGCCACGUGGCGACGUGAGCAAGGACGGACAAGCCGCGACGGAUUUUCUGCUUCCGCCGCGUCAGCAGCGGCAACAACCGUCGGGUUCCAUAGCUGUUGUCGACAACACAAAUAGGAAGGAGGUGAGGAGAUCAGUUCACAACGUGAAUGUGCCGAAGAGCGCAGCAGCGGAGCCGUUGGUUGAUGAUGACGUCAGCGGAUAUUACUCGUCUGAUGAGUCAUCAGGAGCAGAGGAGGAGGAAUCUGAACUUAGUCGGAGAUGCUUGUCUCCCUUUUACGGAGGGGCUUAUCCACGUGCUUUGCUCGUUGAUGCUGCCGGGACAUUAAUCAUACCUACAGAGUCGAUGACGAAGGUUUACUUGGAAAUUGGCAGGAAAUAUGGUGUAACCAUGCCAGAGGCAGACAUCCUUCAUCGAUAUCGUUGGGCGUACGCGCAGCCCUGGGGCCAGAGAAGUCUAAGAUACGAGGAUGAUGGUCGGCACUUCUGGAGACAGGUCGUCGGAUUUUCUACUGGCUGUUACGAUCCCAACUAUUUUGAGGAGCUGUACACUUACUAUGCCACAGCAGAGGCAUGGAAACUCGUUGACGAGGAGUCGGUGAGAGCUUUCGAAGCGAUGAAGGCAAGUGGCCUGAAGAUUGGUGUCGUGUCCAAUUUUGAUACGCGGUUGCGGCCUAUCCUGAAGGCUCUUGGGUGCGAUCACUGGUUUGACACCAUUGCAGUUUCAGCAGAGGUUCGUGCGGAGAAACCGAACCCGGUGAUUUUCUUGCAUGCCCUUGAGCAGCUUGGUGUGCAACCGCACGAAGCAGUUCAUGUUGGAGAUGAUCGCCGCAACGAUGUGUGGGGGGCGAGAGAUGCCGGAUGCCAUGCGUGGCUGUGGGGAUCAGACGUCUUUUCUUUCAAAGAGGUUGCAGAACUGAUGGGAGUUGACGUUGAUAGAUCUGAACAUGAGCGUCUGGUGGCUUAACUUCACAAAAGACGUAAAGGCAAACAUCGUUUGGAAUUUUCCGCAUUCCAAACGGGAGAAAGGGAGGGGGAUAGAGAGGGGGAGGGGGAUUCAAUUCAACUUCAGAUUUACGUCCUUUUGUGUUUUUUAUAGAGUUCGGCCUCUUUUUGUGCAAAUCCCAGGGUAUUCUUGGGUUGCUGGAGUUUUUUUUUGUUUUUUCUUUUGUUUUGAAAUGUAAUAUUUUACUCCUCUGCUUUCCGUUAGGUUUGAACUCAGGUCUGUAGUCCAACAGUCUUGCAGGAGCAUUUAGUUGUGUAGGGCUGUAAAAUUGCUGCUGAAGUGUUCUUCUGUGUCGGUUCAUUUUCUGGCCGUCUCUUUCUCAAAACUCUUGUGGGUUUGAGACGGAACCACACGACCCAGUCCUAGUAGUAUGCUAGGCGUUAGGGAUAGGGUAGGGGCAGAGAGGUAGGAAUAGAAUAGGAGUCCUAGUAGUAUGCUAGGCGUUAAUGAUAGGGUAGGCGCAGACAGGUAGGAAUAGAAAGGAGGAGGAGCCUGGGAUGUAUCGAGGGCUCAAAGGAGGGGUGCCUUCAAGGAAAGUUGUGUACAUAGAGAGAGGGCUGGGGAGGGGGGGGAGGGGACAAGAUGGGAGAUAGUUGAGAUUAUAGA